AUGUCCACGCCUCCCCAAAGCGCCAUAGACGACAGCGCAUACUUAUCCCCCACUUCUCCUGAGCGCAGAGCACAGUACGAUGGGUCAACUCUCAAUUCUAGGUCAGGCUCUGUCGCUUCGGGCGAGACUGCGACACGAUUCCGCUCAAAUUCAGGUAUAUCGGCUGGUUCCACUACGACCUUCUACUCCAAAUCUAGCCUCGAGUUUGAACCUCCCGAAGAAGCCUUGCGAGCCGACAAGGGAGAUGAGAGAGACUUCGAUGUCCCUAAUAAUCCCUUUGCCUUCUCCCCGGGUCAGCUGAACAAGCUCCUGAACCCCAAAUCACUGUCUGCCUACAAAGCAUUAGGAGGCUUGAGGGGCCUCGAAAGAGGUCUACGGACCAGUAUCUCAGCUGGAUUAUCAGUGGACGAAACUCGCCUCGAGGGACAAGUCUCUUUCGAAGAAGCGGUUGCUGCUGGAUCCAACCAUGAAGGACUGUCAGAAGUCAAGCUGGACAGAUCGGAUUCAAAUGGCAGUGUGGGCCAGGGCGAAGUCAAGGGCCAAUUUGAAGAUCGCCUGCGCGUCUUUCGAGACAACCGACUCCCGGAGCGAAAGCCAGACAGCAUCCUCGUGCUCAUCUGGCGAGCAUACAACGACAAAAUCCUUAUUCUCCUCACCAUCGCCGCCGUGAUUUCUCUAGCUUUGGGGAUUUACGAAACUGUGGAUGGAGGCUCGGGUGUGGACUGGGUCGAAGGAGUUGCCAUCUGCGUUGCCAUCCUCAUCGUAGUCAUUGUCGGGGCAGCCAAUGAUUGGCAGAAGGAACGUCAGUUCGUCAAACUGAACAAACGGAAAGACGACCGUGAAGUCAAAGUCAUUCGAUCAGGCAAGUCGAUACAAGUUUCGGUGCACGACAUCACAGCUGGAGAUGUCCUUCAUCUCGAACCCGGCGAUGCCGUUCCAGCAGAUGGGAUUUUCAUCUCGGGACAUGGUGUCAAAUGUGACGAAUCGUCCGCGACUGGAGAAUCGGAUCAGAUGAAAAAGACUCCAGGCGAGGAAGUGUGGCAACGCAUUCAGGACGGAACGGCGACUAACAAACUCGAUCCUUUCAUCAUCAGCGGCUCUAAAGUUCUCGAGGGCGUUGGCACCUACCUCGUUACCAGCGUCGGUGUGAAUAGCUCCUACGGCAAGAUCUUAAUGAGCCUCCAGACCGACAAUGAACCGACCCCUCUACAGGUAAAACUGGGCAGAUUGGCCAAUUGGAUCGGAGGCCUUGGAUCCUCCGCCGCAGGACUUCUUUUCUUCGUUCUUUUGAUCAAGUUUCUUGCUCACCUCUCUGAGGAUACCCGGCCCGGGGCUGAGAAGGCUCAGGCCUUCCUGGACAUCCUUAUUGUCGCAAUCACAGUCAUUGUCGUUGCCGUUCCCGAAGGGCUACCUUUGGCGGUUACGUUAGCUUUGGCCUUCGCUACUACCAGGAUGCUAAAGGAGAACAAUCUCGUACGAGUUCUUCGUGCCUGUGAGACCAUGGGCAAUGCUACGACCAUCUGUUCGGACAAGACGGGCACCUUGACUCAAAAUAAGAUGACUGUGGUUGCUGGGACCAUCGGAACGAAGGAGAAGUUUGCCUCGUCACAAUCAGUCGAGACAAAUGACACGGCCUCAUUCACGACCAUGUUCAGCACCCUGAGUGCUGAGUUCAAGGAGCUGCUCCGACUCUCCAUCACCCUCAACAGCACAGCCUUUGAAGGCGAAGAGAAGGGCGUGCCCACUUUCAUUGGUUCCAAGACCGAGGUUGCGUUGCUCACUCUGGCAAAGGAGCAUCUGGGUCUUGACAAUUUGGCUGCUGAACGAUCGAGCUACAAGGUCAAGCAACUGAUCCCCUUCGACUCGGCUCGCAAGUGCAUGGGGAUAGUCAUCAAAUACAACGGCGUCUACCGGCUUCUCGUCAAGGGAGCUGCAGAGAUCAUGCUUGCCAAAUCCGUCAAGGCCGUUUCCGAUGUCUACGAGAAGCAAUACGCAGUUACGGAAUUGACUGCCGAGCAAAAGGAACAGAUAGCCAGCAUCAUCGAUGAAUACGCACGGCACUCACUCCGCACCAUUGGCAUGCUAUACAAGGACUUUCCUCAAUGGCCGCCUGCCGGCGCGAAAACCCUGGAAGAAGACGCCAAGAUGGCCGACUUUGACGAUAUCUUCGAUGACAUGACUUGGAUUGGCGUCGUCGGUAUCCACGAUCCUCUGCGGGAGGGUGUGGUUGAAGCCGUGGCACAGUGCCAACAUUCGGGUGUCGUGGUCCGCAUGGUCACUGGCGACAAUGUAACCACUGCACGUGCAAUCGCGACUGAAUGCGGUAUCCUCCGUGAGGACGAAGACGGAGUCGUCAUGGAGGGUCCCAAGUUCCGCCAGCUCUCUGAUGAAGAGAUGGACAGGAUCCUGCCACGCCUUCGUGUCCUGGCUCGCUCAUCCCCCGAGGACAAGCGCAUACUUGUCAGUCGACUUAAGCAUUUGGGCGAGACAGUCGCAGUAACCGGAGAUGGUACCAACGACGGGCCUGCCCUGAAAAUGGCCGACGUCGGCUUUAGCAUGGGUAUCGCGGGCACAGAAGUUGCCAAAGAGGCCUCGUCCAUCAUUCUACUCGACGACAACUUCUCAUCGACAAUCACUGCUCUUAUGUGGGGUCGGGCCGUCAACGACGCGGUAAAGAAGUUCCUGCAGUUUCAGAUCACGGUCAAUAUCACUGCAGUGAUACUCACUUUCGUGUCGGCUGUCUCUAGCGAGUCGAACCACUCGGUACUCACGGCCGUUCAACUUCUCUGGGUCAACCUCAUCAUGGACACUCUUGCUGCUCUAGCGCUCGCGACCGAUCCACCUACCAAGAAGAUAUUGGAUCGUCCACCGCAGCCCAAGUCGGAGGCUCUUAUUACAAUCAAUAUGUGGAAGAUGAUCAUCGGCCAAGCAAUUUAUCAGCUGAUUGUCACCUUUACUUUGUACUUUGCGGGCAUGUCGAUUUUGAGCUAUGGGCCCGAACGGCGGAAAGAACUGGACACGAUCGUCUUCAACGCCUUUGUCUGGAUGCAGGUCUUCAACGAAUUGAACAACCGCCGCUUGGACAACAAGUUCAACAUCUUUGAGAAUAUCCAUCGCAACUACUGGUUUAUCGGCAUCAACUGUAUCAUGGUGGGAGGCCAGAUUAUGAUUAUCUUCGUUGGUGGAACUGCUUUCAGCAUUACUUCGCUCGACGGUCCUCAGUGGGCAAUUUCACUACUGGUUGCUUUGCCUUGUCUGCUCUGGGGCGUCUUGGUUCGAUGCUUUCCCGACGCCUGGUUCGCAGUCGUUUUCAACGGAGUGGUCGGCGGUGUCGCCUUCGUUCUCCGCCCGAUCUGGAAGGCCCUUUCUAUCAUCUUUCAUCCGGUUGCGCAGGUCUUCCGUGCUAUUGCACGGUUUACUGGGCGUGCGGUACGCAAGGUCACUCGGCGGAACAGCUCUGAUCAAGAAGAUGCACCAGCGCCGGUUGACGAAGAGCGUCCUUCGACCGUGGUCGCGGAGAAGCAACCAGAAACCGUCCAUGCGUCCAAGGAAUCCCCCUCGACGAUGAAGCAUAAUGACGGUUAUACGACCCCACCGUCCGGCUGGAACAGUGGCGGUGCGACUGAGAUGAAAGACAUUCCUGUGCCGUCUGUGUCGAUCACCGGACCACCCAGCUGA